UCCCUGUAAAAUCACUUUGCUGAAUCAAUGCUACAAGUUAUGUAACAAAGGGUUCCUUUGUUUCAGUGUCUAUAUCUACGCUUCAUGAUAUAUCUACGAUUCAUGAUCGGUCAAAGGAGUUUCUCGGUACUGUUACCUACUUAUUAGUUAGAUUCCGUUUUGCGACCUGAAUGUUAGAACUUGUAGUUUACCACUGGCGCUCCAAGCGAUUCAAUCGGAGAAUCAACGGAUGGGAGUAGCGGAGGCAACAUUGAUAAGCGUUAUGGGGCGACCUAACGUAUGACAGUAUGCACGAUCGGGUGCCAGUCGAUGGAGAUGUCUUAGCUGUGUAAGAGUACUACCGCUCGUCGAGUUUGUAGUAGAUUGGCGACUCACCUCGGUCGCUGUGGUAACAGCGCCUUCGUGUCCUUGCCUGGUUCCCACAGUGAAUCCUUAGCCACUCAGCCAUCAUUGUCUGUGGAGCAGUUUGAAAUGCUCGUGUUUGUCUCUUUAGUCCGUCCUUAUCCCCUCCAUUUUACCUUCUCCCAGUGCACACCUCAUCUUCCUCAUUGAUGAGUGAUUACGGCCGAACGGGACCAGCUGCUGAACCCUUGAUCGCGGAUGCGCUCUCGUCUAGUUCCACUUAUCAGUACCAACCAACCAGACGAUCGUUCGUGUUCAUUCGUGCUCUAGUGACUCCCCAACGUGUGCUCGAUUGCCACACGAUUUUCCACUUCAGACCUUACUCAGCGGCAACAGUAGCGAUCCUUCGCUGGACUGGACGCAACUGGAGUGUUGCUCAGAUAUUUUGGAGUCUUAAAUAGUGUACUAGUGUAAGUAGUGUGCUAGUGCCCGACAGAGCGUUGUGAGGGUCAUAAUAUCCUGGCGCCUUACCUAAGACACGCGCUUAACAAACCACCCGAUGUACCAUCGAGUAAUCGCAUGUGCCACACCGUGACCAACCGACUCUGGACUCUGGAGUUGCUCGGCACGCGCUGAGUGAGUGUUCAUUCGCCUUGCGCCUAACCGGAGGAACAGAUCGCCGAUCGAUACGGGCCCACUGACUUUGGAUCGGAUGGUGUAUUGGUGAUUCUAGAAUACCACGUUCUGUGUGAGUGCGACUGGAUGCGAUUGUCCGGGUUUUAGGUUUAAUUUGUUUUGAUUCCCCCCCACGCCGUAUGCUACCCUCCUCGGAGAGGGUUGGCCAGACGACCCGCAUAAUAUGGACACAUCGCAGCGACAAUCAUAAGUUUGGUUCUGUCUAAUGCCCUGAAUAGUGCGACCUUGAGAUAGCGGUGCGUUAACUAUUGUCAUGCGAUACGGUUUAUUUGAAUGGAAAACCACGCCAAACCCAACCUCGAACACGUUCAAAGGUGAUUAAAAAAUCGCCCAGGAAAACCCAAAAGACGAGUUUUCCGUUGUAGCUAGUGUGUAAAUGAAACAAAUAUGCCUCAGUCGGACCAUCAUGUGAGGAGCUCCAUAGGUGCUCGGCAGCUGUAGUGCUUGUUGCUUGUUUGAGUCAAGAAAGAGUGAGACGCAAAACGGGGAUAAAGGCGGUUGGGAUGCAAGCUAGCAACACUGUGGCCGUUUUACUCGUGGAUUUGCGCAAUGAUAGUUCCUUGCAGCAACGAAGUAAUCGAAUGCUAGAAAUUAUGCCACAUGCCAAGCUGAACCAUCGGAUCGAGGACCAUCGCAAUCUGGACGAUUGGUCGUUCUAUGCAAAUCAGAGCGUGGAACCAGACGGCAUGCCAAUCGAUAUGCGCUUCAAUUCCGGCCACAUUCUCUCCAUCAUGGUGUACAGCACACUAAUGGUGUUCUCGGCAACAGGCAACAUUAAGGUGCUUAGUAUCCUGGCUCAACGGAAAGUGAGAGCCACCUCACGGAUCAAUAUAAUGCUUGCUCAUCUGGCUAUUGCGGACCUCCUGGUAACAUUUCUCAUGAUGCCACUAGAGAUCGGUUGGGCGUACACGGUGAUGUGGAAUGCUGGCGAUCUAUUGUGUCGUGUGAUGGCGUUCUUCCGCACGUUUGGCCUCUACCUUUCCAGCUUCAUUUUAAUCUGUAUCUCGAUCGAUAGAUAUUUUGCUGUUUUGCAGCCAUUAAAGGUUCAUCCUCAUCGGGCGAUGCUGAUGAUUUCAGGAGCCUGGUUCAUGUCUGGACUCUGCAGCUUACCGCAGUCUUUCAUCUUUCACGUAGAGACUCAUCCCAACUACACGGAAUUCUAUCAAUGCGUCACAUACCACUUUUUCGAGGAGGAAAUUUACGAAAUCAUCUACAACGUCCUGGGAAUGUGUCUCAUGUACGCAUUACCAUUGGUUGUGAUCCUGUACUGUUACGGUUCUAUCUACUAUGAGAUCUUUAGCCGAACGAAUCCUCGUAACUUGGAAAGCUUUCGUCGCUCCAGUAUCGACGUGCUGGGCAGGGCGAAAAGAAAAACCCUCCGAAUGACCAUCACGAUCGUGAUAGUAUUCGUAGUCUGCUGGACACCUUACUAUGUGAUGUCCCUUUGGUACUGGCUGGAUAAGGAGUCGGCUAAGAAUGUCGAUCAACGGAUACAGAAGGCAUUGUUUCUGUUCGCCUGCACAAACAGCUGCAUGAAUCCGGUCGUAUACGGUAUCUUUAAUGUGCGUAAGAAACGAACCAAAAGCACGGUUAAGCUGCAGGAACAGAGAAGCUGUGGCAGCAAUCUUACAAUGAAGGUGUGAUGAAACUCAACGGUUCCAGCAGGAAAUCCCUGACCGGAACUCAUUAUCAACACUCUAUGGUGCUUCAUACAUUUUGGUUCCUUGCUGGAACGCAGUCAGACGUAGAAUAUUUAAAAUAUGUUCCCGUUUAAACUUUGUUGUUUGCCGUUCAACCAACAACACAUCCAGAGAAAUAAGACAAAGCUGAUUGUAUGCGCGAUCGGUUUAAUUAAACUAGUAGGGCACAUUCAAUCACAGGAUUUGGAUUUUAUAAAUCGGAAGUAAUUACAAAAGCGUGGGGGCCUGUGAAUUUUUCAAGCUUCACAUUUUACUUACACUUGCUGCUGUAAGUGCUGCGGUAUUUCGCGACAGAACGUUUCCGAUGCAUUUUUUGCAAAUAAAGACAGUAAUUGAAAGUUUAGUUAUGAUCAUAGCCAUAGCCUCACUGAAUAUAUGGCACUGUUUUAUCUAUUGUUAUUGCUACUAUUAGCUAUUGGUUAUGUUUAAAAAAAUAUGUGGUUGAAAAAUGUUGCUUCAAAAAAAAUGUUUCAAAUGCCAUCAUUAUCCAUAUCAGAAUCACAUGCAUACAUCCCUGCCGUUUUUUAUCGACAUCCUUCUG